AUGCCUUAUGUAAGACUUAGCUUUUUUUCGAUCAAAAAAAUGUACCGAAUUCGAAUAUCAGAUCGAGAUCUCUUCUCGAUACGAAGUUAUGGACAAAAGCCUGAAACCGAAUUUUGGCUUAAGUACAUGCUUAGAACAAUCCUUAAUAACUUUGUUCAAAUAAGAGAUUUGGGCCUGAAAUUUUGGGACGUCAUCAACGACAUUCUCCCUGUGCUGGACGUCAACCAGAAGUCCGAAGAGAUCGCCAAACGCAUCGGAGUCGCCAUCGCCCUCCACGAGAUCAUCAACAACAUGAGCAAAGAAGUCACCAACCACUACCUCUCCUCCAUCGUCGACCCCGUCCGUAAAUCGAUUUGCGACGAGAGCACAUUCGUCAGAGAAGCCGCCGCGGCCACCUUCACAGUGCUAUAUCGUGUCGUUGGAAACGAAGCGCUCGACGAGAUCAUUUGUCCGCUUCUCGAGGAACUGACACCAGAGCAAGAUCAUAUUCUACAGGGACUGUGUGAUGUGAUGAGACAGAAUGCGAAGGCAAUGCUUCCCUACCUUCUUCCAAAACUUACCAAGCCUCCAGUCAAUGUUCACGCUCUCUGCUCCCUGGCUUCUGUAUCAGGAGACUCACUUUCCCGACAACUUCCAAAGGUUCUAGAUGCUCUUUUGGCUUCCUGUGAGACCAAUGAUGAAGCUGAUCCAAUGAUAGAAUCCUGUGAAAAGGUGGUCAUCGCUGUCACUGAUGAGGAUGGAGUUCCAGUCCUUAUCGAUUAUCUGAUCCAGAAAGCAUCCCAGGAUGAUAAUGUGCCAGCUGCAGUCCUUCUCAACACAUUCAUUGCCAAAUCGGGAGUCUCCCUGGCAGACCAGGCUGAAGACGUUCUUCCAGGACUUCUCAAUCUCUACACCUCCACUAGUCCUCAAAUUGUCGAUCACGCUGUUGGCGCAGCAGUGGCUCUUACUCAAUCCAUGGAUCAGAGAGAGCUGGUUCAAGUGCUCCCCACUAUCAAGAAGACAAUCAAUAUCGUUGUGGCUGGUGCCAAAGGACAACAGAUUCCAGGAUUCACGCAUCCGAAGUCUCUUCAACCAUUGGUCGUUAUGCUUCGUGAAGCCAUUCUUCAAGGUCAGGUUGAGAUGAAGGCGUUGGCUGCGGAGACUCUAGGAAUGGUUGUGAAGGUGUCAGAUGUGGCUGCCCUCAAAGCCCAUGUCGUCAAUAUCACUGGUCCGCUGAUUCGUGUACUUGGAGAUCGAUUCCCGGCUAAUGUCAAACUUCCGAUCAUUGAAACGCUAUCCAAGUUGCUGGAUAAGGUCGCCGCGAUGCUUCGUCCGUUCCUUCCACAACUUCAGUCCACAUUCCUCAAAGCUCUUCAGGAUCAGUCGUCUCGACCGGUGAGAUUGGCGGCUGGAGGUGCGUUGGCGCGCUUGAUGAAGUUGCAUCCGAAGCCAGAGACUACGAUGGUGGAGUUGUUGAAGUUGUUAGCAACGUCUACAGAUCAGCAAUUGAUCGAAUCCUCCCUUGCCACCGCUCGAGCCCUCAUCGCCUCGUGUCCCGAUAAGAUGAGCCAGUCGACAGUUGAUGAGAUCUAUCGUGUCUCCGAAAUGAUCUUCUCUCAAUCCGUCGAAAAUCCAUCAGAAAUCGACAUCUCAUUGACCGCAUGCUCUGGAGCACUUCUCGGAGAGACCAUUGCUCAGAAGGAAGACUGGGAGACCGCGCAGAGCAGUGUUUUGAGUAACAUUGAAUCCACCUUCACCAUCCCACGUGUCCGUCAAGCCAAGGCUGCUGCCCUCCAACAACUCUGCUCCUCCAACGCCGACGGUUUCUGGAAUUCCGAAGCCAACGCCACGUGUCGUUCAGCUCUUCAAUCCGCCUUCACCUCUUCCGAUCCAUCAGUCGCUUGCUCAUCCCUCCGAGCAGCUUCUCAUAUCCUCCAAUCGAAUAUCGAUCGAGAUCUACUCUCUUCUGUUGCUAGAUCCUUGAAUCAUGCUUCGGUUGAUGUUCGAAAAUCGGCUGCCAUUGCAAUGGGACACGUUGGAUACAAGAAUGAUCUGCCGAAUGAUGUGUUGAAGCUGAUUGUUCCACAAUUGAUCAAUGGAUGUAAGGAGAGCAAUUCGGCAGUGAGAGCAGCGUCGGAGCUGGCACUGGUUCAUGCGUUGAAGAUGGUCGAGAAUGAGGACAGAUUUGAGGCCUACCGUAACACCCUGGAAGGCGUCGUCCAACGGAAUCUUGACGAGACGCGCGUCUCGCUGGCUCGUGUCGUUCGUGCAGGAGACGUCGAUCUGGAACCACUCGACAACAUUCUCGACGUCUAUUAA